CCUCUCCGGCGGAAGGCGAGCGACGCACCGAGGCAGAGGAUGGAAAAUGUGCCAUAAAAACAGUGCAGUGACUCCGUACAGAUUGCUGUGAAUCUCUGAGUGACGAUGGCGUUCUUUCAGAACAACUUCUGGGGAGAACCGUCCUCACAUUUCAGCCAUUCCCCUGGUACCUGGGAAGUGGUCUGUUCUCGGCUGGUGGUGUAUUUUUAGGUCCAGAGAAGCAGCUGUCGGCUCGACCGUCUGUUGGCUGAAAAAUGUGAUGAGCAUCCAGAAAUGACGCGACCUGAAGCGCUGCUUCAGGCAGGCACUGGAUUAUGGAGAUUUCUGCUACGACAGGGAGAGAAGAAUGCCGGCUUUGACGUGCUCUACCACAACAUGAAGCAUGGCCAGCUGGCAACCAAGGAGCUAGCUGAGUUCGUCCGCGAAAGGGCUGCCAUUGAGGAGACCUACUCCAAAUCAAUGACCAAACUUUCCAAGAUGGCCAGCAACGGAAGUCCACAGGGGACGUUUGCGCCUAUGUGGGAUGUGUUCAGGGUGUCCUCGGACAAACUGGCUCUCUGCCACCUUGAGCUGAUGAGGAAGAUGAAUGAUCUCAUCAGGGACAUUAACAAAUACGGAGAUGAACAGGUCAAAAUUCACAGAAAGACGAAGGAGGAGAUGGGGGGGACAGUAGAUGCAGUGCAGGCGCUGCAGGUGCAGAGCGGUCACCUUCAGAAGUCGAAGGAGGGCUAUCAUGGCAAAUGUUUGGAGCUGGAGCGGCUGAGGAAGGAGGGGGCACCACAGAAAGAACUGGAGAAGGCGGAGCUGAAGUCUAAGAAAGCUGGCGAGUCAUUUGCGUUGUGCAUCGAGAAGUACAACCGUGUGGGAGGAGAGUUUGAGCAGAAGAUGAGCGAGUCCGCUCAGAAGUUUCAGGAGAUCGAAGAAGCUCACCUUCGGCAGAUGAAGCAGCUGAUCAAAGGCUACUCUCACUCCAUAGAAGACACCCACGUCCAGGUGGGCCAGGUCCACGAGGAAUUUAAGCAGAACGUGGAAAACAUUGGCAUCGAUAACCUCAUUCAGAAGUUUGCGGAGCUGAAGGCCACGGGCAAAGACAGGCCAGCUCUUGCUGGUUUUGAGGAGUACAUGACAGCUUUGGCUCCUGAAGGUGGGAAGAAGAGUCGGACAAAGGCCUUCAGGAUCCCCGGCCUGGGCAAACGCGACAAGGAGCCAGACUCUACGGAUUCAGCUGUGACAGAGGCACUGAACUCACCCCUGGAAGUAGAUGACGAGGGAUUUGUCAUCCGAGCCGACAGCACCCAGAAUGGCUGCUCCGAGAAGGAGAACAAUUUCUACUCUAGCGAUUCCGAUUUUGAUGACGAGGAGCCCAAGAAGUUCCACAUCCAGAUCCGACCGGUCGCCACCAGCAACCGCGGCAGCUCCGCUGCCACUGAGAAGGAGCUGAAGGCCACUGUGGGGACGCUCACGCUGCCGCCCAAUCGAGGGGCCAGACAGCAGGUGCAGGUCAAGCAUCAUCUCUCCAGAAAGUUGAGCUCUGCAGGAGGCCGCUCGGAGGAAAGUGAAGCUGCCUCCCACAGAGAUGGAGAGCAGGAAGGUCUACGCAGGUCAACGUCCAGUCCUGACCACAGCAGGUUGAGCUCGACGGCAUCGGGCUCAGACAGCCUCUUUGGACCUCCGCUGGAAUCUGCAUUCAAGUCCAAAAGCUUUGACAGUCGGGAACACCUCAGAGAGCAGCGUGCUUUUAAUGCCUCUGAAUAUGCAGCCUUUUCAUCGGAUUCAUCCUCCCCGGAGAAUGUUGAAGACUCUGGUCUGGACUCGCCUUCCCAUCAGCCCCUUGGGCCCUCUCCUGAACCCGUGGGUUGGGCAGCAUGGCCUCCGACGUCGCAGAGUAAGGAACAAACACUGGGGCGGCCUGUGGACCCAUUCCUCUCUGUGUUUCAUGACCCCUCCUCGGGUCGCGGUCCUCACCUGCAGGACGACCCUUGUGGCGUCUGGUCUGUCGCCCAGUCGCGUCCCUCCCGCGUAGCCCCAGAUGUUGAGCCCUCGUCUAUGCGGUUCCCUGCCUUCUCUCAGUCUCUCCAGCCGUCAGAGAUGGAGGCGUCGGUGUGGAACUGUAAACACAUCCCCCCCGAGGACCCCUUCCUUGCUGCGUUCGAGAGAACUGUCACCCAGGAGUCUGUGAACCUGUCUGACGCCUGGGCGCGGCCGCCGCCCCGUCAGGUCCAGGAGGGCAGGGGGGUGGAGGUGCGAGGGGACCCGUUUGCCAUCACCCCGGCUGACACUAAAACUCUCCCAAAUUCAACCUCCUCCUCCUCAUCUUCCACCAAUCGCAGAGACAGAGACAGGAAGCGGGACCGCAGCCUCCCGCCUCCCGUUACCUCCGAAGACCCGUUUGCGAUCACGAUGAUCGGCAGCCCGACGCACCAGUCGUCUCUGGCUGCAGCAUCUGGGUUCCUCCCUCCACAAAGCAGCAGCAGCAGCAGUGCCAGCAGCAGUAGGCUGGGACCUGGCGCUAACUCAGGCUCCUUACCCAUGAGCCAGCCAAAGAAGGAGCUGAUGCACUGGAACUCUGUGCACAACCCGUUCAGUGACGGCGUCUCCAAAGCGCAGGAAGGGGGAGGAAAGGGGGAGAGCGGAGGGGGAGAGAGGAGGAAACAUCGAUCCUCAGAAAGUGAGCCGCGCAGGAACGCCCCUCCACUCACGAGGCAUUCAGGCCCACAGGAGGAUUUGUGCUUCUCAACAGACAAAGACCAAGACUGUCUGGAUCUGAACACGCACAUGUCCUGCAGCGUCGCCUCCAACAAGGGGUCCAAGCAUAACUUCAGGCAGGACACAGCUGAAGUAGUGGCAGCUGCUCCUCAGCGAGCGUCCAGGGCUAAGAAGAAUUCAGGCCGACUCAGCGGCUGUGAGCGAUCCCGAUCCCUUUGCUCGUCCCCGCUGCCGGAGCCCAGCCCUCCCCUCACUUCCUCUUCGUCGUCCAGUCCCAGCGAGUGGGGGCCUCAGGCCAGAGACAGCGAAUGGGGCGGGCAGAAUCCAGCACCCAGCCCUGUUCGAGCAGGACAAGCCUCGCCGCUGCCUUACCAACGGCAGGAGCCCCAGACGAGGCAGUUGCACCUGUCCAGAGGUCCCAGUCCCAUUUCUCUCAGUACACAGGAGGCCUGGCCUGUGGCAACGGCCAUAACCGAGUACAUCAACGCCUACUUCAAAGGUGGACAGCACAACCGCUGCCUGGUGAAGAUCACGGGCGACCUGACCAUGUCCUUCCCUGCGGGCAUCAUCCGGAUCUUCUCCGCCAACCCCAACGUUCCCGUUCUCAGCUUCCGGCUGGUCAACAUCUCGCGCAUCGAUCACUUCCUGCCGAAUCAGAAGCUGCUCUACAGCGAUCCGUCUCAGACCGACCCAGACACCAGAGACUUUUGGUUCAACAUGCAGGCUCUGCAGCUCUACCUGCAGAGAGAGGCGGAGCUCAACCCCCAGGCCUCCUACUACAACGUGGGGCUGCUCAAGUAUCAGGUGUCGUCUCAGGACCCCGGUCGGGCUCCUCUCCUGCUGUCGGCGGAGUGCCAGCGAAGCGGUACUGUGACCCGGGUCUCCUUGGAUUAUCACUGCUGCCCCGCCACCGCACCCUCCACCCAGCUCACUGCAGUCCAGGUGCUGCUGCCUUUGGACCACACUGCCACAGACCUGCAGUGCCAGCCACCCGCGUCCUGGAACGCAGAAGAACGGCGGCUGCUGUGGAAACUCCCCAACCUGUCCCCGACCAACCACAGCAAAGGCUCGGGGACCCUGUGUGCCAGCUGGCAGUGCCUGGAGGUUCCCCGCGGCCCCCCGCCCAGUCUGGCGGUCCAGUUUGUGGGCUCGGGGGCCUCGCUGUCAGGCAUGGACAUGGAGCUGGUGGGAAGCCGGUACCGCAUGUCGCUGGUCAAGAAGAGAUUCGCUACAGGGAAGUACAUGGCGGGCUGCUCGUUGUGAAUAGUGUAAACAGGACCAUCAGAGUUUUGAAUGGGUCGUCACUGGAGGUUCAGAGAAAUUGGCACUUUAUCAGCGAGUGGUGGCGUCGACUGAGGAAGAGCAGGCACGUGGUGUUUGGUAAGGUUUCUAACUGGAGACGAGG